AUAGCGAAAAGGAGAGACAUGACAUUAUAUUCGAAAUGGAUAUGUUAAAAAAUAGCAUACAACAAAAUGAGAAUGAGCGUACACAAUUAAUUGCAAACAUAGAAGAGUAUAAAGCAAAUAUUGUUAAAGUCGAAGAGCAUAAGACAACCAUUAUUAAGGAUGCAGAAAUUGAAAAAUCCACAUUGAUGGAAUCACUAGAAAAUUUGAGGAAAGAAUUAAUUGAGGCACGUGAAAGUGCACAAAAGGAUCUAGAAGAGCUACAACAACAGAUGAAAAGUAAAGAAAUUUAUGCAGAUCAACUAAAAUCUGAACUUGAUACCAAGGUAACAGAACUAAAACAAUUAAGUAUGGAAUUUGACCUACUUAAAAAAGAUGCAAACAAUUCAAAGGCAAUUGAAGAUCCUACGUUAUCGUCUGAGGAUUCUGUAAAGCUUAAAACAGAGAAUGAACAAUUGAAGAAAAAAGUUAAAGAUUUGGCCAUGUCUACCAAAACAACAGAAGAGACAACACAAAAACUUAACACGUACGAAGAAAAAGUUUCAUCGUACGAAGAACAAAUCGCUGGACUCAAGCAUAUAGUACAAGAGUUGACCCGUGAAAAUGUAUCUAUUGCCGGUGAUAAUAAAAAAAUUUUAGCAGAACAAGAAAAAUUAAUGGAGGCUCAUAGGCAAGUGGAAAAUGAAUGUUUGAAAUUAAUGGAUGAAUUAGAGAGACUACACAGUGAAUCACUUGGUGGUCAGGGUAUCUUAUCCUUGUCUCCACCUGCUGAAGACUCGUACGAAGUUAAUGGAGUUACUUCUGUAGGUCAAGAAGAUUCUGAAGGUGAAACGUCACAAACAGGAACUGAUACUUCACGCCUCCAAUCACUUUUAGUAGAGAAACAAUCACAGAUAGACCGAUUGACAUCUAAGCAUAAUGCAGAAAUUCGAGAGUUGCGUCAGAAAAUUCAAGAAUUAGAAAGAUCAAAGAAAAGAGAAGUAACUUCAUUGAAUAAAGAUGUUGCCGAACUGGAGUCCCUGGUUGAAAGUAAGAUUUUUCGUGAAGCAGAUUUGGAAGAAGAAGUCCAACGAGAACGACUAAAUGUAAAAAAGUGGAAAGAAGAUUGUGAAGAUUUGAAAGAGCAAUUGAAGAAAAUUAUGAAUAGCAAUGGAACAAGCUUAUUAGAAACAUCGACUCUUGGUAAUGGUUUAGUUGAUGGAGGAUCAUCACCUCAAAUAAAUGGAACCUCAACUUCAAACUUAUAUUGUGAAAUUUGCGAAGAAGUAGGGCAUGAUAUUAUUAAUUGCAAAGUAGUAUUUGGUUCACAUUCAAGUGCUUCAUCUGAUACUGCAGUUGAUGGAUCCAAUGGAAAUCACCAUGAAAAGCCGUAUUGUGAUAAUUGCGAGGAGCAUGGAUUACAUUGGACUGAAGAUUGUCCUAAUCAAGAUGAAACAUUUUAA